UGGGGGCGCUACUCCUCCCCGCCGCUGGAGCAGCAGAAGAAGAAGCUCCAACAACAGAUCACUCCGCCAUUUUCUCUCUUCUUCUCUCGCUGUUUUUCUCUUUAUUUCUUUAUUUCGUGUUUCAAUCAUAAUACAAUCUGCUCACCUGCAGUGUUACCUGGGCGCGAGGCAGGAGCACGUGACAGCGGCUGUGAUGGCAGCCGAGCGGCGCGAGGACAAAGAUGGAGAGUUAAAUGUUCUGGAAGAUAUUCUGACUGAAGCUCCAGAUCAGGACGACGAGCUUUACAACCCGGAGACGGAGCGAUCCGUCAGCGACAAGAAAGGAACCAAGAGGAAGAGCGACCGCUCCGACAGCCGGGACCUGAAGAGGCUCCGCCCCUCCGCAGGCCACGCCCCCUCACGCUCCUCCAAUAAGAGGGCUUCAGGCCUGCCCCCCUCCUCCAAUAAGAAGACUGCCUCCAGCCCCAGAGCCCGCCCCCCCGCCUCCUACCGCCACGAGUACUAUGACGAGAAGAAGAGUCGACGAGGAGCCCGCGAGCCAAUCAGGAGCCGGGGGGAGGAGCCCCGCAGGAGGGAAACCCCGAGGAUUCUGGAGGGGCUUAGCCAGAAGCUGAGAAGAGCAAGCCCCGCCCCCCCGCAGGACGCCCGAUCAGAGGGCGAGGCGGCACCGGAGUUUGGUUCGGAGGUGGGAUCAGGAAGCUCCUCCCCCUCUGGUUCCCACGCUGAAGAGGAGGAAGAGGAGGAUCAGGAGGAGGAGGAGGAGGAAGAAGAGGGCAUGGAGGAAGAGGAGGAGGAAGAGGAGGAGGAAGGAGAGAAGGAGGAAGACGAGGAGGAGGAAGAGUACGAGCGUCGAGGAGAAGGAAACGACUACGACACUCGCAGCGAGGCGGGAGACUCUCGCUCCUCCGGAAGCUUCUCUGACGACGGGGAGUCGGUGCACUCAGGCUCCGCCUCCGAGGCCUCAGGUUCGGAGAAGAAGCAGGAGAAACUGUCGUCUUCGGUCCGAGCCGUCCGCAAAGGGAUGGAGACUCCGACCAGCAAGCUGCGCUACAUCCUGAGAGACGCUCGCUUCUUCCUCAUCAAGAGCAACAACCACGAGAACGUCUCGCUGGCUAAAGCUAAGGGCGUGUGGUCGACGCUGCCGGUGAACGAGAAGAAACUGAACGCAGCGUUCCGCUCUGCGAGAAGCGUCGUCCUCGUCUUCUCUGUGAGGGAGAGCGGGAAAUUCCAAGGCUUCGCCCGGCUCUCCUCAGAGUCGCAUCACGGCGGCUCUCCGAUCCACUGGGUGCUCCCCGCUGGCAUGAACGCUAAGAUGCUGGGAGGCGUGUUCAAGAUCGACUGGCUCUGCAGGAGGGAGCUUCCCUUCACGAAGACGGCCCACCUGUCCAACCCCUGGAACGAACAGAAGCCCGUGAAGAUCGGACGAGACGGACAGGAGAUCCAACCAGAAGUCGGCGCUCAGCUCUGUGCUCUCUUCCCAUUGGACGAGAGCGUGGACGUGCACCAGGUCGCUCGCAGAGUUCGUCACAAGCGCCAGACGCCGUCGGAGCCGCGCCCGCGAGGUCGUCCGCCGCAGCGCGAGCCGGGAAGGCGUCGUCCUGAAGAGUUCGAUCUGCACGGCAGGAAGCGGCCGCGACCCGACGGUCCGCCGGAGUUCAACCAGAGAGCAGGGUUCAUCCAGGACCUUCGUAACCAGCCGGUGGACAGACGGUUCUCCAGCGUGCGGCGAGACGUGUUUCUCAACGGGUCGUACAACGACUACAUGAGGGACUACCAUCACAGCGUGGGCCCCCCCGCCCCCUGGCAGACUCUGGCGUACCCCCCCGGCGUGGAGCAGCCCCCCCCCCACCACCCUCCCUACUACCACCACACCCACCCCCCCCCCCCCCCCCACCAGGCCUACCACCACCAUCCCCCCAUGCCUCCUCACGAGGCCCCGCCCCCUCGCUUCAGAGACAAGCAGCGCGCGCCGCCGCACCGCGCCUUCCCCUCCAGCCCGCACGACUACGACAUGCGCGUGGACGACUUCCUGCGGCGCACGCAGGCGGUGGUGAGCGGCCGGAGAGAGAGAGAGCGUCAGAGAGAGAGAGAGAGGGGUGUCCCACGGAGGGAGAGAGAGAGGGAGAGGGGGGGGAGGGACAGGGAGAGAGAGAGGGAGAGAGACAAGGAGAGGGGGAGGUACCGCCGCUGACCUGCAGGGCUUUUAUUCUGAAGGUGAGCUGUGGGCGUUUCCUGUGUCUUGGUAGAUUAUGAAUCAAAGAGAGAAAGGAGCUCCAAGAAGACGAAGCUCUGUUUGAAGGCGAUGGAAAAACUGUAAAAAAAUAAAUAAUGAAUUCUGUCGAGAGAAGCUUUUGUUUUGGUGAUUCUGUGGGAAAAGGGAAGUGACAUCACAGAACGAGAAGUCGUCCUUUCUCCUGAAUCUACACACUUCAUUUCCCAGAAUCCUCUCUGUUAGAAUCACAGAAAAAUCACAGGGUUUUUUUAUUUUGAUGUUUUUCAGUAUUUUACUUCGGAGGCGAACAGGAAACAGUAUUUUAUUUUCCUGUAUUUGCUUCUCUCAUGGACAGGUUAGACGGAACUUCCUGUUAACCCCUUCAAAGUAAAAGAAGACAAUCUUUAAAAACUUCCUGAAUUGUAUUUGUAUUCAUUUUAAAAAAUGUUUCUCUUUUUAACGUUAAAUAUUCAUUUAUUUAUUUUAGUUUUCAGGUUCACGCUAAACUCCCUGAGCUUCACUUUAAAGAGAAUCACGUUUUAUUUUGAGGAAAAUCUGCUUCCUGGUUUUUUUAAGUGCAAUUUCCUGUUUGCUCCUCUCUGAUUGGUUGUUACUGUGGUGACCAAACGUCAGCUGAUUGAAGGUUAAGACUUUGUUUCCGUGUUUUUGUACAAAAUAAAAAAUAAAAUCUUAAAACUGA